AUGGCGACUUUUUGGCCAUCCUCUUCAUCUUCAAACCACCCUUCAAUAUUCCUUUAUUUACAAUCAUACCCUUCUCUCUUCUUCCUCCUCUUUCUUACCACCUCUGCAACUUCACUCACCGUUGCAUCCUUAGUGAAUCCUCACUCUUUCAUAGCUCCACGAAUCCCUUAUUCCGAUCACUGCAACCACAUAGUUCCAGAGUCUCCGAUCGACCCAUCUCCCUCCGCUGUAUUCAGCCACGCAUCGCUUGCUUUCGAUGUCAGCUUCUUCUCCGGCGGCGACUUGUUCUUCAAUCGGUUUCAAUCACAGAAUGGUGAUGUUAAAUCAGCUAGAUUUAGACCCAAAUCAAUCCGUAAAACUUUGGGAGAUGGGAAGAUUUACAAGGUGGAAGCGAAAUUGACUUUACAAAUCUCCAAAACCUCUGCUUCUUCUUCUUAUUACGGCGGCGAUUUUGGCCAGAAAAAGCUUCAGGUAAUGCAGAUCGACGGACGUAGCUCUUGGGGAGGAGCAAGUUUCGAUUUUUACGGGUUUUGGUCGGAAUCUACAGGACAAGUUUGUAUGGUUGGAUCAACUCAAGUUUUAUCUGUGGAAGGUACUCGUUUGAAGAUCUUUGAUGCUCGUCUUAUGCUUAACUAUUCCAAGGAGUCUAAUAUCUAUGGAAGUUUGGUUAAGGGAGUGUUAGAGAGCGUGGAUAGCCUAAGUGAAUUUAAAACGGUUUUGAUUCUUGGUGCAAGAAACACUCCUUUGAACUAUGAGUAUAAGUUGUUAGAGCAAUCGAAGUUGGAUUGUGGGGUAAAUGGUGGAGAGAGUUUGUCGUUAGAGAAUGUUUUGGGAGGAAUGUGUAAAGUAUUUGAAGGUAGAAGUCAUGUGUUUGGUUUGAUGUAUAGAAAUGAUUGUGGGGUUGACCAUAGUUGUAGUCCUUUUGGAAGUGAUGUAGAGUACACACCGGGUUUUAUGUCGAUGUUAUCGUUUCUGUGUGAUGGGGAGAAGAUGCGAAUGCUUUUGUCAUUUAGUAACAUGAGCGGUUAUAGUAGUUUGUUUCCAUUUGAUCCGAGAACCAGUUUGGUUGCAGAGGGAAGUUGGGAUGUAGAGAGGAAUAGGUUCUGUGGUGUUGCGUGCAGGAUCUUGAAUUUCUCGGAUUCUUUGAGUAAUGCUGUGGUUGAUGAUUGUUCCCUGAGGUUAAGUUUGAGAUUUCCUGCUAUCUUGUCGAUUAAAAGCAUGGCUCCAGUAGUUGGGGAGCUUUGGAGUGCCCAAGCAGAGAGUGAUCCAAGCUAUUUCAGAAGAAUUGAGUUCUCGAGCCUAAACGAUCAACUGUGGCGUUUCCCGAGUCUGAGAUAUGAGUAUACAGAAAGCGAGAGAGUGGGUAAGUUAUGCGGGGCUGGCAAGAGUCGCCCCAAAAGGAAAGGAAACCAUUACCCUGAUGCUCAAACUUCAGACAUGAGAUUUGUCAUGUCAGUCAAAUAUUCUGGAGAAGGUAAUGUCUUGAGAACUGCCCGUGCAAGUCCUUACUUUGUGGGAGACCGUUUGUAUCGGGAUCUUUUGGUUCGUGGGCAAGGGGUUGGGCUAACUGGAAUCCCUAUGAAUGUCAACAGUGUCACUAAAAGCUUUACAAAUAUCACUUAUAGAAUCCGUUCUUUGAAUCCAAAUUCCGAAUCUCGUGGAGAUAUCUACGCUGAGGGAACAUAUGAUAGGGAUACAGGUGAGCUAUGCAUGGUAGGAUGUCAAUCAGUUAGGCUAAAAAACACAGUGGCUAUACAAAACGAGACUGUGGAUUGCAGUCUUGCAAUCAAGAUUAACUUUUCUCCAAUUGAUUCGAGAAGCGAUGACCGUUUAAAGGGAACCAUCAAAAGCACACGGGAAAAGACAGAUCCGCUUUAUGUUGGACGUAUGGAGGUUUUGUCGAGGUCCAUCUAUGUUCAUCAAGCGAAAGAAUCUGUUUGGAGAAUGGAUUUGGAGGUUGCUAUGGUUUUAGUUUCCAAUACACUUUCAUGUCUCUUCUUGGGUAUGCAACUCUACCAUAUGAAGCAACACCAGGAAGCACUUCCUUUCAUCUCCGUUGCAAUGCUGAUACUUAUUACAUUAGGUCACAUGAUUCCUCUGCUGUUAAACUUUGAAGAACUCUUUAAAGGCAGCCAUAACCAGCGAAACUUGUUCUUUGAGAACGACAGAUGGCUCGAAGCCAAGGAAAUUGUGGUGCGGAUAGUGACACUGAUAGCUUUCUUACUCGAGUGCCGUCUUCUCCAACUAGCUUGGACUGCUAGAAAAACCGGAGACCAUCAUCACCGUGAAGAUGUGUGGAAAGCAGAGAAGAAGGUUUCUUAUGUGUGUUUACCUCUCUACAUCACCGGUGGAUUGAUUGCUUGGUUAGUGAACCGUAAUAGAACUCCUAAAAGAAUAGUAUACAUAGGAAAACCGCAAGCUCGGAAUCUCUUAUACCGUCCAGUGAACCUGAAACGCUCAUUUCAACGUCCUCCUUUGUGGAAAGAUCUAAAAUCUUAUGGAGGUUUGAUGCUUGACGCAUUCCUCCUUCCUCAAAUACUCUUCAACGGUUUCAGCAACUCGGACUUGAAGCCUCUUGCUGCUUUGUUUUACGUUGGAAACAGCUUUGUUCGAUUGCUUCCUCAUGCUUAUGAUCUGUAUAGAAGUCACAGCUACGGGAAGAUUCUUGAUUGGUCAUUCAUUUAUGCAAACCACAAAAUGGAUUAUUACUCUACGGCAUGGGAUAUUAUUAUCCUCUGCAUCGGUUUCCUCUUUGCGUUUCUGAUUUUCUUGCAGCAGAGAUUCGGUGGUCGUUGUUUCAUUCCAAAGAGAUUCAGAGAAUAUGUGGGAUAUGAGAAAGUUGUAGAGCUUCAACAAGCUGGUGAGCAACACAAUACCAAUGACUCUUGACAAUACAUAUAUAGACACACAGUUUUGUUGUCAU